AUGUUUUCGGCUUAUACUUUCGACACCAUAACGUGCGAUAUCGCGUUCGGAGUUUGGACGAGAUUUUCACGUUUCCGAGUGUUGUCAUCCCAGGACAUCGAUUUAUCGGCCGGUUCGUGUUUUGUUCAUAUCGCGCUGGGAUCGGUGGAUGUGCCUGCAUCUUGCAUACGAAAAACCUCUUUGAAAAUAACUUUAUUGCACGUGAUUCGCACUGAGCUGCGUGUUCCGGUCUCAGUUCAUUGGGCGUUAAGACGCGUGAGCGGCGUCGGCGAUGGACGGCCGCAAAGUACCUAUAUACGAGUAUACCGUUAAAACUGUCAUCGCCUAAUAUUGUGCAUGAUAAAAAAUUAAAUUAAAAAAAAAAAAAAACCCGCCGAAAAAUAUUAUCUUAUGUUCCGGGCGGUAGGAGAAACGGCACGGGAAACUAAUUUUCUUUGGAAUACAACAAAUAGCCGAAAUUAUUGUUGACUAUUAUUGUUCAUUGGUAACUGCAGGCGGGUAUUAUGCCGCGAUGACGAGUGGCUGUACGACGGCCGGGGCGGAGACGACGACCGCGGGCUCUGUGACCGCGGAAAUCGGUCAAGUCGCCGGCGACACAUGUUCAAGAACAUUUACUUAA